GCUGAAGCAUUCCUGAGCACUGAGGUGGAGGCUGCAGUCUGACGGCCAUGGGGCCCUGCCGCUGCCUGCUCUUUGCGCUCCUCGCCGUGGCCCUGCACGCCCAGCAGCAGCAGUUCAUGGAGUACGUGGAGCGACGUCUCACCCUCCUGGAGGAGAGGAUCUCGCAGUGGCAUGACCAGAGCAGUCGCUACUCCACGGAGCUGCGAGACUUCAAGAACCAGGUGCUGGGGAUGCUUGAGACAGCGGAGAAGGAGCGGGAGGCGAUGCGGUCGGAGGCAGAGAGCGCAGCGGUGCGCGUGGACCGGCUGGAGCGGGAGGUGGACUACCUGGAGACACAGAACCCUGCACCGCCCUGCGUGGAGGUGGACGAGACAUUGAUGGAGAAGCAGGUGGCCACGGCAAAGCAGAGGAAGAACGAGAAGUACACGAAGCUGACAGACUGCAGCGACACCAUCGCAAGUGUCAGAGCCAUGAAGAUCCUGAAGCGUUUCGGCAGCACCUCAGGGCUCUGGACCAAGGACGCCGCAGGGAGCUCUGAGAAGAUCUAUGUCUUCGAUGGCACUGCCAAUGACACUGUGUACGUCUUCCCCCGCAUGCGGGAGUUCACCCUCUUCUCUGCCACCCGCAAGGCUACCCGCAUCAAGCUGCCCUACCCUUGGGUGGGCACUGGGCACCUCAUCUACAAUGGGCACCUCUACUACAUCCGCCAGCAGGGCCCCUUCCAGGUGAUCAAGUUCAACCUGGCCAACAAGACAGUGGUGGACAGCUCAGUGUUCCCAGCCGAGGAGCAGAUCCCUGUCUUUGGGCUCUCCCCCUUCACCUACAUCGAGAUAGCAGCUGAUGAGGAGGGGCUCUGGGCCAUCUAUGCCACCAAGGAGGAUGAGAAGAACAUAUGCCUGGCCAAGCUGGACCCCACCUCGCUGGACAUAGAGCAGAUGUGGGACACGCCGUGCCCGCGGGAGAACGCCGAGGCUGCCUUCGUGGUGUGCGGGGCGCUGCACGUGGUGUACAACACGCGGCUGCCCAGCCGCUCCCGCGUGCAGUGCGUCUUCGACGUCAGCGGCACCCUGGCCCCCGAGGACGCCUCCCUCGUCUACUUCCCCAAGCGCUACGGCUCCCACUCCAGCAUGAAGUACAGCCCCCAGGAGAGGCAGAUCUAUGCCUGGGAUGAUGGCUACCAGAUCAUCUACCGCAUGGAGAUGAAGAAGAAGCUGCAGGUCUGAGGGGCCACGGCAGGACGCCCUCGGACGUCCUCACACCUCCAGCCGCUCCUCCCAGACAAGAGUGGCUCUGCCCAUCCUGCCCCACGGGGCACAGCCAGCCCCAGUGUGGGAUGGCAUCUCUGCCCCACCUCUCAUCACUGUGAAACGAUGAAAUGCUGGACCUCUGCCCCUGACCACCCCCACCCACUGGCACCAGCUGUCUCUGACCAGGACCACCCUGCAGAAACCGGGACUAAUUUAAUGAGUGUUCUGCUCUGUGAUGUAAUGAAUAAAUACCAUGCAGCGAGCAGGUGCCUGUGGGCAACAUGGGGCCCUGGGGCCCUGCCAGAGCUACAAGCUCCAUGUCACCCCAGUCACCCAGAAAGCACUUCCCAAGGGUGGGGUGUCCGUGCAGGACAGAUCAGUGAGCACAGGCAGCUCCUUGGCUGAGGGUUUGGGAAAGAGGGCUGGACUGGGGCACUGGGCUGGAGUUUUGGGCAGGGACUUAAGUUAGAGCUUUGGGUCAGCUCCUGCUGCAGUCAGCAGACCUCUGAGCCUGGCCAGGGCCAAGCUGUUUUCCAUGUACAAGUCUGUCAGCAAACAGCAAACCCCCUUAAUCUGAGAGGACAACUGGAGGUCUCCCGUGCACGCUGGGGCAGUGACUGGGCCAGCAGGCACAAUACGCAGCUGAUUUCCUGAGUUCCUGUCUAACGAAGCUAAAUCAUCUCCCUCCUGCAGCUGCAGGGUCGCCACCAAGCCUUUAGGUAACGCCCCUGAGCCCCUUCCCUUCCCUGUUUCACCAGCGCUGGCUCUCUGCGUAGUCCCACAGCUGCCUGCUUUUAGUCAGGCUUUCAGCAUCCCCCCCCCCACCUCGAGGCGAGCUGUCCUGCCCUGAGGAGGUGACUUGGUAUUUGCUUCAAGUUCCUCUCUAUUAUAAUUAAAAUCUCUUCUGGUUGCAUAAGAAAAAAGAUGUUUGAAUACACACUUUGAAUGACUGUAA